UAUAUUAGUUGAUUUCCCUGACAACCCACCAUGUCCACAAAGUAUGACUCGACAAGAUUUGGAUUAUUACGUGGAGCAAUUCAAGAAAUCAGGAUUCAGAGGUCCCUUGAACUGGUAUCGUUCAGUAGAAGAAAACUGGAAAUGGCGAUGCAGUGUACCACACAGAAAGAUCUUGGCUCCUGCUUUGAUGGUGACAGCUUCAUUUGAUGUGGUGCUAACACCAAAAUCAAGUCAACUUAUGGAACCAUGGGUUCCUAAUUUAACAAGGGCAAACCUAGAUUGUGGACACUGGACAAUGGUGGAAAAACCCAAAGAGUUGAAUGAAAUUCUGGUGAAGUGGUUGAAUAAAGUUCACAAGUCACAACCAAGAGUGAUGUCAUUGUUGUAAACAUUUAAAAUAUUACCGAACAUAAUUCAUGAAAGCUGUUCUUUCAUUGAUAAUUUUAAUAAAGAGAAAAAUUACAAUUUUAAAGUAAAUUACAAAUAAAAAAAAUACAAACUGUAAAAACCUGUAUCCAUAGCAACUUGCUUGUACUGCUCCAGCAAAACUACCAUAUAU